AUGGUUACCCCAAUCUCCUCAAAAUGCAAAUACUUCAUCUUCACUCUCUUCUUUGCUGCUGUUUUUUGUUGUUACUCAGGAAAUGCAGAGGAAGAUCCUGGACAAAUAGCUGCAAAAGCUUUGUUGUGUUUCAAUAAUAAGUUUAUUUAUAUUAGCUGCGAAGACGCGUAUAGAUUAGACCAGAAUGGGAAUAUAAAUGUUCCCUAUCAAGCAACUGAUGGAUUCUGCAAUGGACCUUGCCUAGCUGAAACACAAUCACUGCUCAACUGCAUCGAUAACAUAGUCUCUCACUUCUUGUUCUACAACAAUGCCGGAGUUCGCGACAUCAGAGACACUCUCCAUGGUGGAUGUAGUUACACUAGCCAAAGAGGGAACUUCAAUGUUGGAGACUAUAUACAAAGUGAAACAAGCAAUUCAGAUGGGCUACUCAAUCCAAUCAAAUUCUAUGCCCUAGUGGUAUUCAUGGUUGGGUGGUUUUUGUUGAUGGUCUAG